AAGUAAGUCUAAUUUGGGCUGGACACCUCUUCACCUGGCAUGCUACUUUGGACAUAGACAGGUGGUCCAGGAUCUGUUAAAGGCUGGUGCAGAAGUAAAUGUAUUGAAUGACAUGGGAGACACGCCGCUUCAUCGGGCUGCCUUUACAGGACGAAAGGAGUUGGUAAUGCUUCUUUUAGAGUACAACGCUGAUACUACUACUGUUAAUGGGAAUGGCCAGACAGCAAAGGAGGUCACUCAUGACAAAGAAAUCAGAAACAUGCUUGAAGCUGUAGAAAGAACUCAACAAAGAAAGCUUGAAGAAUUACUUUUAGCAGCAGCAAGAGAAGGCAGAACAGCAGAACUUACAGCUCUGCUCAACCGGCCAAAUCCUCCUGAUGUUAACUGUUCGGAUCAGUUAGGCAACACACCCUUGCAUUGUGCCGCUUACCGGGCUCAUAAACAAUGUGCAUUGAAGCUUCUAAAAAGUGGAGCAGACCCUAAUCUGAAGAACAAGAAUGAUCAGAAGCCUCUUGAUCUUGCCCAGAGUGCUGAAAUGAAACAUGUUCUUGUUGGUAAUAAGAUCGUAUACAAAGCUUUGAAACGAUAUGAAGGUCCUCUUUGGAAGAGUUCAAGGUUUUUUGGCUGGAGGUUAUUCUGGGUAGUGUUAGAACAUGGAGUCCUCUCAUGGUAUAGGAAGCAGUAAAAUCCACUGAUAGCUGCCUCUUCUUUAUUAAAUGCUUCGAUGACACUGUUCAUAGCUUCAGGGUUCCCAAGAACAGC